UGAUGCUGCCAAUUUCAGAUGAGUCAAGUUUGUAAAGAUGGCUUUGGAUGCUGUGAGGAUAAGGACUUGCGUUCAGGAAAUUGUUAAACAUGACUUACAGAUCAAUUCAUAUGCACAGGAGCUCAGAAGUAGCUGCAAAACCAUGGAGAGUCUGGACAGUAUCAACACAAGAAUUAAAGCAGAGACUGCCAUCUGUAAAAACAGAAUAGAGGAGCUAGAAAAGAUUGGCAAAGAGCAAGAUAAAGAAACAGACAGAAUAGGACUCCUCAAGGAAGCAGAUCAUUACAGAAAACAACUCAGAAACACACAGACUGCUAUUAGGCAAGCCAACCUCAGCUGCAAGAUGGAGAUUGAUAGAAACCAAAGAAAUGAGCUGCUGAUAGGACAGGAAGAUCCAGAGGUCAGGAAAAGAAAAAAUAAGGAAGACCUCGCUAAGACAGCAAGUGGCAUCACAGAGAGUCUUCUGAGUCUCAAUCGUAUGAUGGCAGACAAUGUAGAGAGGAGUAAUCUUACCAACCAAACCUUAGUGACCUCCUCCAACAGAAUACAAGAAACAAAUGAAGAAUUUAAAGGAAUGGCAGGCGUCAUUCAGACCAGUCGGAACCUCCUCACCAAGUACGGACGUCGAGAAAUGACGGACAAGCUGCUCAUAUUCCUCGCUCUUGCCCUCUUUCUUGCCACGGUGGUCUACAUUCUAAAAAAGAGGAUAUUUUGAUCAGCCUGACAUUAAAGACACUCUGAAGGCACUGUGAAAUACUGUUAAAACUCAUGAAGAUUGGUUAAAAUUGUGAAAGGAGAGCUAAGCAGCAAGAGAGAUCCAUCUACUUCAGACUUCAUUUAAAUUGAUCUUCAAUGCUACAGUGAUCUCUAUUCUGAAGAAAAGGAUCAUUCAAUGUAUCUGAUUAAUAAAAGACUUGUAAAACAUUCUCCAAACUGUGAAAGAAGAGCCGUGCAGUAAGAUGGGAUAUUCUCUGCAUACUCAUUUAUAUUGAUUUUCAGUGCCAUCUCUAUUCUGGAGAAAAGGAUUGUUUAAAUGAAAAGAAAGAAAUUGAUAUUUUGAUGACUAUGACAUUGAAAAGACUGAAGACUUUAAAAAUAUGAACAUUCUACUAGAAUGUGAAUUUAUAAAAGAAAAGUACAACAGUGAGAGGGGACAUUGUCUUUUUUUUUCCGUACUUACUUAGAAGCAUCUAGGGUGAUUUACAUGUACAUCUAGCUUUCAGCAUAAAUUUUUAAAGUUGUCACAGCCUCACAGGUAACACAACCUCUUAAUUAUCUGUUAUUGUUUUAUUCCAAUGCAUACUGCCGAAAU